CGUCGCGGCCUUCGGCAGUUCACGAACAGACACGCAAGCGAGAGCGCGCAGCGAUGGGGCUCAGCACGAGAAGAAAGAGUUUUAUAAAAGCCGGAUCGACUUGCAUGUUCUGAAUCGCAUCGGAUCGAUCACUAUGGAGAGCUGAAUGUGACUGAUUCGUAAAGACAGCGAGAAUUUGAAAGUUGAUGCUGUUGUAAGGUCGUUUAACAUUGUGGAUGCGGUUGUUGUGACAUCUCCAGACGUCAUCUAGGGCUGUGGAUCUGUUGUUAGUACUCGAGCUAACCCAAACUACCCCUGCAGCAGAGUCCGGGGGUGAUGUUGUCCGUUCUCUCGUAUGGUCGACUGGUGGCCCGGGCGGUCAUCGGCGGACUCUCUCAAACCGACAGCCGCGAUUACAGCCUGGUGUCGGCCAGCUUCGGCUUCGGGAAGGAUUUUCGUAAGGGGAUUUUGAAGAAAGGGAUGUGUUAUGGAGACGACGCGUGCUUUAUAGCCCGGCACAGAUCUGCUGAUGUGUUAGGCGUGGCUGAUGGAGUAGGUGGUUGGCGUGACUAUGGGGUCGACCCCUCUCAGUUCUCUGGGACGCUCAUGAGGACAUGUGAGCGGCUCGUCAAAGAAGGACGAUUUGUGCCAAGCAAUCCAGUGGGAAUCCUUACUACCAGCUACUAUGAGCUACUUCAGAACAAAGUACCGCUAUUAGGAAGCAGUACAGCGUGUAUCGUGGUACUAGACAGGCAGAGUCACCGGCUACACACAGCGAACCUAGGAGACUCUGGUUUUCUGGUGGUUCGAGGCGGAGAGGUGGUCCACAGGUCUGAUGAACAGCAGCACUACUUCAACACCCCUUUCCAGCUCUCUAUCGCCCCUCCUGAGGCAGAGGGCUCCGUCCUCAGUGACAGCCCCGAGGCUGCUGAUAGCUCAUCCUUCCAUGUCCAGUUGGGUGACAUUAUACUCACUGCUACAGAUGGUCUCUUUGACAACAUGCCAGACUACAUGAUUUUACAAGAACUCAAAAAACUCAAGAAUACCAACUAUGAAAGCAUCCAGCAAACAGCCAAGAGUAUUGCUGAACAGGCCCAUGUUUUAGCAUACGACCCCAAUUACAUGUCUCCUUUUGCACAGUUUGCCUGCGAUAAUGGCUUAAAUGUCAGAGGAGGAAAGCCAGAUGACAUCACUGUUCUGCUGUCAAUUGUAGCAGAGUACACAGACUAAUGUUUACAAGGGCUGCAAAAUGCUUCUCUUGUUGUCUUCCUCUCAGUCACUGGACUGGCAGCUGUUUCCUGCUGGCAGGAUUGAGGGCUGUUUGAGUUUUCUGUUUCUGGCAGGGACUUGGAGCCCACAUCUGUUCCCUGGGUUCUUCAACCUUACUAGGCCAUACUUCUAAUGAUGUCGCCAGCAGGCUCAAGUAAAAGAUCAGGACUGAUACGGACUGCUAAAGCCGAGUUGUGCUUGGCAAGGGCUACAACUGGUGUUGAAGUAUGUCUGUAAGAAUCACCAGUGUUUCUGUCAUCCAGUGAUGAAUGAGUAGGUGGUAAUGAUGUGGUUGAGAGUGAAGGGUCAAGAAGUCAAAAAUGGAGAAAGAAUGAGGGAAAAGCAAAGCAGAAAGGAAUAAUUUGAUUAGGGACAAGCAUCCCAAAUAAAGAAAGUUUCUGUAUCAAGAAGAAACAUUAAGAUAGAAGCGUUGUGCCAUGGGAGUCUUUAACCUUGCAAAGGCCUAAGGGAGAUGCCCUCAAGUUACAUGAAUCUUGAGAUGGCACGUUUUGCCUGUUUACUUUCCAUUUAAAAAGACACCCGAUCUGUAUCCUCUAGACAGACGUCAGCUGAGGACCAGCUGAGAUGUGAGGUUAUUAAGCACCAGUGUCUACUACAAAGUCUUCACUAGCUAAUGGACAGUUUGUCGUCAGUGUUGUUGCGUAACUUUACAAUACUAGAUUGACUAUGACGCUUAACCUCAUCAAAUUACUGUCAAAGUUAAUGAUCAACAAUAGAAAUGCCUUUCCUCUGAGAUAUUAACUGACGAAAGACACUUUUGCAGAACAAGUUCUCAUUAUAUAAAAUAAAACAGUAGGACAGGUGUUUUAAGCGAUUCGAAGUACCGGGCAAAUUACAGUUCUAGGGGAGACAGGAACAUUUCCCUUCAUAUUUAUUAAUUUUAAACAGUAUUACUCCACCAUUUUGAGUUUAACAUGAUUAUAGCUGUGCAACAGACUGAAAGGGAUUGUGGGAUGUGUUGAGAGGGAAAAAAAAGUCCCACUUAAACCACUUUUAAGAGGUUCACGUGCAUGUGGUGUGUGUGCGUGUAUGUGAGAGAGGAACGUUUACGAUGUGUAGAUAUUUGGAAAACUGGCUGUAUAUUUAUGUAUGACAUGUAUGCAUUUUGAAAGUGUAGUUAUUACACAUCAGAUGUAUAUGAGAAUAUAUUUGAUAAUUGUGUGGAUAUUCUGUGUUAAAAUAUUUUUCUUGCUUUUUUUGUAAAAUUUAAUUUUAAAAUAUCCAUCGAGGUGUUUACGCACAAAGCUAAUGCUAGCAUCUGUGAAUGCUUUCAGUGGGUAUGUCAUGGAUCACAUGAUCUAAUAAAGUUAUAUUUUUAUAA